ACCUAAAAUCCUCAAGAUCUCUUCCUUGCCCUCAACUUCCCUCAUUGAUCCCAGCUUGCUCGCCUGCGAUUCCCUUCUCCGGCGGCCGCUUCUCCCCUCGUCUCAGUGGUGACUGACUCCUUCGCUGCGUCUGAGUGGCGGAAGCUCCGGUUGCGUGGCGGAGCAAAGAUAGAAGAGCUUGUGGAUCCCCGCGCCUCGCUAUGGUAAUUGUUUGGUUCAGUUCGAUGUUCAGUGAAAAACUCAUUCCUUUCUAUCAAACUGUGUCAUUUCAUUGGAAUGGCAUUUGAAAGGGUAGUGGUUCGUAAUGUUCAAAUGCUUAGGGAAGUCAAACUGCUAGCAUUUGAUUGAUUGAGUUUUGUAUGAGCUAAUCUCAGUUUUGCGACUGAAUCAUUCUUCGUGGGAGAAGUUUCACGUCUUUUUGAGUUCCGUUGGUGGAGGGAUUAGCCUUCUGAUUUAGUUGCUUGAUUGAACUUUUAGUGCGACGGAACUUCUUGGCCUGGUUGAACUUGCACGCAAGCUGUUUGAUGAAUUGCCCAUUUCAGUGUCAGGAACUCUUUCAGCAUGAGUCUGAGUUGGUUCAUAAGAGUAUGGACGCAGUUGAUGCUAACUCCGGUUCUAAUAUCUUCUUUCCUCCUACUCGCAGGUUAUAAUAGCCGGAGAAGUGCCACUGAAUUGAACUGAGUUUUCUACCUCAAGGUAAUUGGAGUGUGUUGUAAACACAAACACAUGUUGAAACACGUGCUUGGCAAAGUCCUGGGCGGUGAAGUUCUGUCAAGUUCAACCAGAAAGCUUGGACCUUUCUCAAAUGCAGCGAUUGUGGGAUUCCAUACUGGACAGGCACACAAUGCCCCAAGAAGCUUCUUUGGGGUAGAGGAUUUUGUGGACGAUGAAAACAGCAGGCCGUACACUUUCCAGAAGGGCAAAGUAUCAAAGAACCCUAACAAGAACAUAUCUUUCAAGCAAAGGACGCAGGCAUUCUUGGAGCCAUUCACACUGGACGUGUUCAUCUCGAAGCGGUUCGUGUCAGCGUCGCUCACUCACAGGGUGACGAGCAAGCAAGUUGCAGUGGCUGGGACGAACUCCAAGGACAUCAAGGCCGUGCUGCAGUCGAGGUCGGACAUUCCUGCCUGCCUGGCCAUUGGCCGGAUUCUGGCCGAGAGGGCAAGGGAAGCUGACGUUUACACUGCUGUUUACACUCCUAGGGAGAGGGACAAGUUUGAAGGGAAAAUUAGAGCUGUGGUUCAGUCUCUUAUUGAUAAUGGGAUUGAUGUUAAAGUUUAUCUGGACUGAUUGACUCGUCUUUUCUUUGUUUUCAUUACGAAUUUUGAUGUCUGCAGUGGUUGGGUUGUAACUUGUAACCGAUGAUUCUUGUAAAAAUCGUAUUAGCGGUUGUAGCAGAUAAGUUAGUGAUGGAGUAGCUUGUUUCUAAAUCGUGAUUUAAUCGUGUCACAUCAAUAAAAUAGCCUACCAACU